AAAUCACUUUCAUAGUUUGUUCACUUUUUAUUAGUAUAUGUGGAGUGUUUACUGACACAGAGUUUAGAUCGUCUCUGUAUAUAAAUAACAUAAUUUUGUGUCUUGUAAACUUUUAUAUAAUCUCUUCAGGUGUGUUUGGUGACACAGAUGAAGUGAAGUCAGUGUCAGUGAUGGAGGGAGAUUCUGUCACUUUAAACAGUGAUCUUACUGAAAUACAGAGAGAUGAUCAUUUAGUGUGGAUGUUUGGACCUCGAGAAACUCGAAUCGCUGAAAUUCACAGACAGAACAUCUAGAUGCCACUGGUACGACAUUUGAGAAAAGACUCCAGAUAGACAGUCAAACUGGAUCUCUGACUAUCAGAAACACCAGAGGCUCCUCACACUCUUCAUCAUCAUCAUCAAAUUGUUCAUUGGUGUGUUCAUCUGUGAAUGUGAGUCAUGUGACUCUCUCCUGGUACAAAGGAAACAGUUUAUUGUCCAGCAUCAGUGUGUCUGAUCUCAGCAUCAGUCUCUCUCUACCUCUGGAGGUGGAAUAUCAGGAUAAAAACACCUACAGCUGUGUGAUCAACAAUCCCAUCAGAAACCAGACCAAACAUCUGGACAUCACUCAGCUCUGUCACACAUGUGCAGAUCAGAAAAGGCUGUCAGAAUACACAGAGAUCAUCUACCGUCUUCAGAUCUGACACACUGAUCAUCUCCUCAUUCAACACUGACUUCACCAAAAUCAUCAUGCAGUUUAACAAGGGUUUUAGGUUAAAGAUUUAUACAUUAUCAUAAAAGUGUAAAAUGCAUUUGAUAUAAUGAAAUUAAACAUGUUCAUCAUGUAAUUUGGUGCCAUUAGAUGUAUCUGCCUACUAAAAUUGUACUUAAACUGUGUCAUAGACAUAACAUUAAAUCAAUAAACCUUUGAUUUCUCAUGUGGGUGUUUUAUGGUGUUUUAAUUGAAAGUUAUUUAAAGUUCAGCCUAUAUUUUCUCAUUUCGAAGAUUAACCUGUUUUAUUCCAAUCAUUUUUGUGUAAAAACAUUUGAAAGAGACUAAUCAUCAUUAUAUUGCAUGUGUUUUAGCAUGUUUAUGAGAUGUUUCGUCAUAAGAUGCAGCAUCUGAACUGAACGCAUGUGGUUUAAUGUUCUGGCCGGAUGUUCAGCUGAUGUUAGACGAUGUGUGUGUGUGUUCAUGAGAGUGUGAGAUGUGCCGUUUAUUCUCACAAACACAAACAAACCUUCUGAGAACCUCUUAUAGAAAUAACCUGAAAUAAGAGUUUUCUAAAGAAGAGCAAUUCAGAAUGAUGUUGUGAAAGAAACAUUUCUAUGUCUGAGAUGUGCAGUGAGUUUCUGAAAUAUUAAGAGGAAGAUAAAGAAUUCAUUGAAGUUAUUCAGCAGAGCACAGACAGAGACAAACACCACGAAACACCACCAGUUCGCUUUUCGUUUAGUAAUCUAGACUUGAGAAAUAGCUGAACUUUCUAAUCAGGAAGUCGCUCUUCUGUGUCUGAAGCGACUCUCGUCUGGACGUUUGUUUCUGUCACAAUGUCCUCUCAUCUGUGCGCUCUGAUCCUGUUUGUCCUGAGCGGUGUGUUUGGUGACACAGAUGCAGUGAAGUCAGUGUCAGUGACUGAAGGAGAUUCUGUCACUCUAAACACUGAUGUUACUGAAGUACAGAGAGAUGAUCAGAUACUGUGGAUGUUUGGACCUCGAGAGACUCGUAUAGCUGAACUCUAUAAACAGAACAUUGAUAUGUUUGACAGUAAUGAGAUAUUUGGACACAGACUCCAGAUGGACAGUCAAACUGGAUCUCUGACCAUCAGAAACAUCAGAUCUGAACACUCUGGACUUUAUAAACUACAGAUCCGCAGCGACAGAGGGAACUCAGACAAGAUAUUCAAUGUUACUGUCUACGCUCCUCUUCCCAUUCCUGUCAUCAGAGGCUCCUCACACUGUUCUUCAUCAUCAUCUUGUUCAUUGGUGUGUUCAGCUGUGAAUGUGAGUCAUGUGACUCUCUCCUGGUACAAAGGAAACAGUUUAUUGUCCAGCAUCAGUGUGUCUGAUCUCAGCAUCAGUCUCUCUCUACCUCUGGAGGUGGAAUAUCAGGAUAAAAACACCUACAGCUGUGUGCUGAACAAUCCCAUCAGAAACCAGACCAAACAUCUGGACAACAUCAGUCAACACUGUUGGUAUUGUUCAAAUAUGACCAAGACUUCAUAUUUCACACCCAUUAUAACGAUAGUUUGUGUGCCGCUGCUGCUGCUCAUUUCUGCAUGUGUGUUUUACUGUUGCUGCAGGAAAUACAGUCAAGAAAAACCAGAGGAUCAGGAAAGACUGUCAGAAUACACAGAGAUCAUCUACCGUCUUCAGAUCUGACACACUGAUCAUCACUCAGAUUAUUAAUAUUCAUAACAGUAAUGUGAAAUUCAAAAACAGACUCAAACAAAAUGUAAAGAUUUUUAAGAUAUUUACUAAAUUAAAAGAGAUUACAUGAAUGAGAAAAUACAAAACAAGUACUGUUAUUUUAUUAUGCAUUUAAUCUCCUCUAUCGUCAUUUAGUAUGCUUAUAAUUUUUUAUUUCCAUUAUCAUUUAUAUCAUGUUUGGAUGCCUAUUAUUGCAUUAUGCUUCAACUAGUUUCUCAUUCAUAUCAUGUUUAUGUAUCACCCUUGCUUUAAUUAUUUUCUUGUUUUGUGCAAGUGUAAAAGUAUUUCCAGACAAUUGAAACAGAGCGAAGGUCCUUGUGUAACCACAAUAAUAAAAAACUUCACACUGACCUUCUUCCGAGAGGCCCUGUCUAUCUACUAACUAUCUAUCUAUCUUCUUUGUUAUUUUGCAGUACUCAUUAUAUCAUUUGUGACAUAUAGUACCCAGAUGCUAAACUCAGAAUGACGUUACACUUGUAUUUCACUUUCCUCUUGAGAAUCUCAUCUGUGUUCUUUUUGUAUUUGCUUCACCAAUUAAUCACUAAUUAUAAUAAUUCCUUCAUCACCA